AUGAGCAAAGAAGAAUUUCUGAAGAUACAGAAAUCUGUUCUUAAAGUGAACAUACACUGUGACGGAUGUAAACAUAAAGUGAAGAAAAUCUUGCAGAAAAUUGAUGGGGUGUUUACGACUGAGAUCGAUGCAGAACAGGGGAAGGUGACGGUUUCCGGGAAUGUAGACCCAAACAUUCUCAUCAAGAAGCUUGCAAAAUCGGGAAAACACGCAGAGUUAUGGAGUGUACCCAAACCAAACAACAAUAACAACAACCAGAACAAUCUUGUUAGUCAGUUAAAGAACAUGCAAAUUGAUAAUGGUAAAGGUGGUGGAAACAAGGACAACAACAAAGGUCAGAAUCAGAACCAGAAGGGUGGGAAUAGUAACCAGCCCAAAGGUGUUCCACCAGGGUUAAAUCCUCAGCAGGUGCAACAACUUCAGCUUCAGCAACAGUUGCAGCAACUGCAACAGAUGAAAGGGUUUCAAGAUCUGAAUAUGCCACAGUUUAAGGGGAUGAAGAUGCCUAAUCAGAACCCGAAUCAGAAUGUUAAAGGUGUUAAAUUUGAUUUGCCUGAAGAUGAGGAUGAUUUUAGUGACGAUGAGUUGGAUGAUUUUGAUGAUGACGAUGAGUUUGACGAUGAAGAAGAUUUUGAUGAUGAAAUGGAUGAGUUGCCACCACCUAAUAAGAUGAAACCACCUAUGGCUAUGGGGAACGGCCCUCACAUGAUGAUGAAUGGGAAUCAUCCACAGCUUAUGAAUGCUAUGAAGGGCGCUGAUUUUAAUGGCGGUGGUGGUGGUGGAGGUGGUAACGGGAAGAAACCUGGUGGUGGAGGACCUAUGCCGGUUCAAAUUCAUGGUAUGGUUGGUGGAAAUGGCAACGGAGGAAAGAAUGGCGGAGGCGGUGGUGGAGGAAACAAAAUUAAUGGCGGUUUACCAGAGGCUAAAAAUGGUGGUGGUGGUGGAAACAAGAAUGGUGGUAAUAACAAUGGUAAUAAUCAGAAUAAUGGGGGUAAAAAAGGUAUUUCCAUGCCAAUGGGUGGGGGUGGUGGUAAUGUUCAAGCUAUGAACAAUGGAUUUCAAAAAAUGAUGGGUGGUGGCGGCGGUGGUGGAGGUGGUCAUCCUCACCCUUCUAUGGGUGGUGGUGGUGGCGGCGGCGGUGGUCAUCCUCACCCUUCUAUGGGUGGAGGUAAUGCCGGACAAAUGAGCAUGCCAAUGAAUCAAAUGGGUGGUAAUUUGCCUGCCGCCGUUCAAGGUCUCCCUGCAGGCGGCGGCUUUCAAGGCGGUGGUCCGGGUCCGGAAAUGAUGCAGGGAAAUCCUUACCAACAACAACAACAGCAACAUCAGCAGCAACAACAACAAUUAAUGGCAGCUGCUAUGAUGAACCAACAACGUGGUGCAAUGGUUGGAAAUGAAAGAUUUCAGCAACCAAUGAUGUAUGCAAGGCCACCACCAGCUGUGAAUUACAUGUACCCUCCCUACCCUUAUCCUCCUCCAGAUCCAUAUUCAAACUUUUUCAGUGAUGAAAAUACUUCAAGCUGCAAUAUCAUGUGA